AUGGUGUUUGGUGGACUAGCCACCGAGUCGUUCCGAAAGAUCCGUCGCCAAAUGUCAAACAACAAAUCGAGAGCCAUUGACGGCGAGCGCACCCCGUUGAUUAAUGGCGAAACUGCUUCGCCGGCUCCAGCUGGAAAUCAUCACUUUCAGCAGCAGCAGCAGCAGCAGCAGAGGAAUGGCGUUCUGACCUUCUUGUUCGAUUACAAGCACACUCCUGGCAAUGAUAGCCACUCCAUCAUCGUGCGCAGUGCUGCAUACUCUUGGCAUAUAACCAAGGUCACGCUUCUAAGCAGCUAUGUCAAUUUCCUCUUGGUCAUGGUGCCCAUGGGUAUCGUGGCUGGUGCUCUCAACUGGAAUUCAACGGCUGUCUUCACCAUCAACUUUUUCGCCAUCAUUCCACUUGCCGCGGUUCUGUCUUUUGCAACCGAUGAAAUUUCCAUGAAGCUUGGCCAAACCAUGGGCGGCUUGUUGAAUGCAACUUUUGGGAAUGCCGUCGAAUUGAUUGUCAGUAUCGUAGCCCUCAGAGACGGUCAGAUCGAGGUGGUCCAAUCCUCCAUGCUGGGUUCCAUUCUGUCGAACCUCCUCUUGGUCAUGGGCAUGUGCUUUUUGUUUGGUGGUUUGGUUCACCGCGGACAAAACGGAGCUGGAACCGAGCAAACCUUCUCUGGGGCUGUUGCUCAGACAACAUGUUCUCUCAUGACUCUCUCGUCUGCCUCUCUUGUGAUCCCUGCCGCUCUCUACGCUGUUCUCGACCAACACCAAACCGACGACAAAAACAAGAGUAUCCUGAUCUUGUCGAGGGGCACAGCCAUUAUUCUUUUGCUCCUUUACGUCAUCUACCUCGUGUUUCAGCUCAAAACUCACAGCAACCUCUUUGAUGCCGAGGCCCAGCAAGCUGCUGAAGUUGAGCAUGGUGAAGAGCCCACCAUGGGACCUGUCGCUGCCACCGUCGUUUUGGUAGUUGUCACAGUAUUGGUCGCUAUUUGUGCCGAAUACCUCGUGGGAAGUAUCGACGACAUUGUCGAGAGCACCAGUAUCAGCAAGGCUUUUAUUGGUCUGAUUCUUAUACCCAUUGUUGGCAAUGCUGCCGAGCACGCCACUGCUGUGGUAGUGGCGCUUCGAGAUAAGAUGGAUCUCGCAUUGGGGGUGGCCAUAGGUUCAAGCAUUCAAAUUGCUCUCGGGGUGACCCCUUUUCUCGUCAUCGUCGGCUGGAUCAUUGGUCAGCCCAUGUCCCUGCGCUUUGAGACUUUCGAGACUGUGGCUUUUGCUGUUUCUGUCCUGGUCGUCACGUACACCGUUCAAGAUGGCAAAUCCAAUUACCUUGAAGGGGUCAUGCUAUUGGGCUUGUAUGUCAUCAUCGCUGUUGCGUUCUACGCCACUCCCAGCGGAGCGUUUGACAAGUCACCCAUUUCCAUUUAG